UUCCUUUGUCACGAAAGUUCUGUGAAAAUAUUUUUCUCCGUAAACAGGUCCGGUCUAAUUUUGGCAGGUCUAAGACUCUAAACGCUGCUGAAUUAAGCUGAGCACCCAAAACCCCCUGCGAGAAAAAGGGGAGGUUGUUGGAAAUGAAAUGGUGAGAGCAAGCCUAAUGCUUCUCAAAGAUGCGGGGCGUGGAUUCUGCAAGUCUCUCUCUCAGAUGCUCGUCUGCCCACUCUCCAAGCAGCCUUUAAGAUAUUCUGAGGAAACAAAUUCUCUAAUCAGUGACGCCAUUGGCGUUUCUUUUCCUAUAAAGGAUGGCAUCCCUUGCUUGGUUCCGAUGGAUGGUAAGAUAAUUGAAGCUGAUGACAUGCCAAAAACUGAUGAUGCUGCAGAUUUAUCUUCAAAGAACAAUCAAUAGCUCGGUGGUAGCUCGUGUUGGAUAGUGAGAAUAUAUGUACUAUGGCCCAUAAGUAGAACUAUGUUUGUCAGGCUUAGAAGUAUUGUUGCCGCCAUUACACAAUGCCUAAUUAUUUUUGUAAGCAACAGUUGCAUACUUGCAUUUAUGCAAGAAAGUCAUCAUUGUUCUUUAAGUGAUCUUGUUUAUUUUGGAAAGAUAAGUUGUUGAAGACAUAUUUUAUCUUGCUUGUUAUUUUUGUAUCCAAAAUUCUCUCAAAUCAAGGGAUGAGCAAUUUUGCU